UGUUUCGGUUUUGGAAGAACCACACUGUUCAAAAACGAAAUUUGUUCUAAAGUUUUCUGCUUUUGAAGAAAAAAAGGUACUCAUUUAACUUAUUUGAUUGAAGGAUGUGUGAGAGAAUGAUCCUAAUUUAAUGUUGAUAAAUACUUUCUUUGUCUGUGUUAUGGGUGUGUUUUGAGUAAUUGUUUUUUAUCAACGGGACGGGGAGAUUCGAACUUAAGACAUUUUCCAACAUUGGGAAGAGAAGUAUCAACGGAAUAAUUUUUAUUUGGUAAUACUUGAAAUUAACAAAAAAAGGAGAACCUCAGGAGAGGAACUUUACCUCAUGCCCCCAAAGUCAACCUUGAACUGAGUUGCAGAUAUAUAAUUUGAAGUUACUGCAGUUGAUAGUUAUGGAUAAGUACAUGAUUAAACCCUCUUAAAUAUAUUAUUGUUUAGGGAACUUAUGGAGCUAGUUUCAAAAUGUAAUCUCUUUUCUGUGUUAAUUUAAAAUUUCUUUUGUUAGUGGCUACGAUGGGGUCAACUGCAGAUCCCGGACCAAUCGAUAUUUCUGUACUGUACGAUCAAGAUAACCAUAUUUCUUCAGCAAUCUGGGAUGGACAGGAACGUGGUGUGCUUAGAUGCCAUGAACACAGUUCAAUGCUUGAACAAUGGAAGCUCACAGCUAAACAAAUUGAAUUGGUUGAGAAAGCUGGUUUUGGGUACUUCAGAACAAUUCCCACGAUUAGCCUUGACAAUUCACUUAUCUCGGCACUAGUUGAGAGGUGGAGGAGAGAAACAAAUACGUUUCAUUUGCCUGUUGGAGAAAUGACCAUAACACUUGAAGAUGUUGCACUGUUACUUGGGCUACCAAUUGAUGGAAAACCAGUUAUGGGUGUAACAAGGACACCCGGAAAAGUAUGCGAAAAUUUACUAGGGAAAGUGCCGGAAGACCUAAAUGGUGGAAUGGUGAAGCUAACUUGGUUGAAAGAGUGCUUUUCUAAAUGUCCUGAAGAUGCACCAGUUGAAGAGAUUGAGCGGCAUACGCGUGCUUAUCUCCUAUACCUCGUUGGUUGUACAAUAUUUUCCACAACAACUGGAAACAAAGUCUCUGUAAUGUAUCUUCCAUUGUUUGAAAAGUUCGAUGAAGCUGGAAAGUUUGCAUGGGGUGCUGCAGCUUUGGCAUUCCUCUACAGAGCUCUUGGUAAUGCCUCCCUUAAAUCUCAAAGCACUAUAAGUGGUUCUUUGACACUACUGCAGUGUUGGAGUUAUUAUCGCCUUAAUGUUGGAAAUCCGAAGUUCAAUGACGAACCAAACGAUGGUUGCUUUCCAUUUGCACUUCGGUGGAAAGGAAGAGCAAGUGGACCAAGAUCAAACAGUAAUAUAGUUUCCUACCGCAAAGCCUUAGAUUCCCUUCAACAUUCAGAUGUUAAGUGGCUCCCAUACAAAGAUUUGGACUCUUCUUCUUCAGUGGGAGAUAUAAAAGAGAGUUUGAUUUUACGGGCCUCAAAAACUGUGCUAAUAUGUUUUGACAAGGCUGAGAGACACCUCCCUGAUCGUUGCCUCAGGCAGUUUGGCGUGCUUCAACCAGUCCCACUGGAUGUUCCGCGAUGGGAGAGGAAGAUUCGUGCACUUGAUCAGGGUUCAGACUUGUCAAAGGAAGCAGAGUUGCAGCUUAAAGGAAAAAAUCAAGCAGAGCUUAGGGAAUGGUUGGAGCGUCGACUUCGGAUUGUACAAGUGGAGGAAGUUGUGGAUGAAAUCAAGUACAUGGAGUGGUAUGAGAGAAUUACUCGAAAAUUUGUUGGGAGGCCUGAAUCUUUAGAAUCCGAGUUUCAGAGAAUAGUUGCUGCUAUGAGAGAAAUUGCAGAUAUAGCUGAUUCAUUUCCCGCAGAUCGAAUGGAUUCCCGAGAUAGGAAGUCACUUGAUGAUAUCAAGAACGCAGCACAUAAAAGUCUGAUGGAUUUGGUUGGAGACUCAAAGAAGGGUAGACGUAAGAUUGCCACGAAACGUAAAAGGGAGGAUGAUCCAACUAUCAAGGAUGACUACUAGCUUUAAGUCAUGAUUGAGAAUGCCUGGGCUCCUUGAUAAUUCUUUUAUAUGAUAUGCAGUGAGCUUGGUGGGGCAGCUCUAGCUAUUCAUUUCUGACAUUGAUGAAGUGUAUCUUUCGCAAAUUCAUCAAUCUGUAAAGUGCGUCUUUGAUGUAGGGUAGUAUUGUAUUGUAUUACUAGAAUCCGUCGGGAUAUACCUGUUGAAUGGUUGAAGAAGGAAAAGAAGACAAAUCUUUAGUUGGGGUUUGAGAAAUAAAUCUUACAUGCGCUUGAGAUCAA